AUGCGGAUCCGCUACCCUUUUGCAGGAGCUUUCGUCUUCCUCCUGAUCCUGGCUGGGUAUAUCGGUCUUCUCCCACACAGCACCUCCUCCACUAUCCCGACAAAUCUCCAGCCAAAUGAUAAGCUCCUUCACCUCGUCACCUUUUUCCUCCUAUCCGUUGCUUUCUACUGGGUCUUGGAUACCACGCGGCGGCGCACUCUACACAUAACUCUGCUGGUCUGCACACUGGGUUUGGGCAUUGGCUCGGAAGUUGUACAGGGGUUCCUUCCAAACGACCGCGCUUUCGAUCCUUUCGAUGUCCUCGCCAAUGUUGUCGGCAGCCUCGGCGCCGUGGGUCUGUGUGGCUGGUACCACCGCCGUAUGCUGGACCGUCGCCGCAAGAACCGCUUUGGCAUGAUGGAAGGUGAAUCUGAUGACGUCGAGCUUGGAGUCGGAGUUGGGGGCUCCAGGGAAGAAGAUGGGCUCGAGCCACAGGAGUCCGGUGUGAUGAACUUGGAACAAGAAGUGGACAAUUGGGAUGAGAAUGCUGUUGACAAUUGGGACAAUGAGGAUGGCCCGGGAUCUUCCGAGCAUCAAGCUGAACCUCCAAGCUACCAUGAAAGCCAACCGGCGGGAGAGGUCACGACGAAACGCAUUGACUAA